AAAAAGCAGUUGUAGCCAGGAAGCUGAGUCUGCGCGUCUUUUUCCACCACCCACCCCUCUCUCCCUCACGGUUUAUUUUCCCCCUCACGAGACGGGGCGAUUUGGAACGUUGGGAAGGAGUGCGCGAGCCACAGUAACAAGAUGUCGAAGAGAAAAGCAACCAAAAAUUUCAAAAAGAAAUUGGCAGGAUAUGAAGCCAAGCAGGACUUUCAUGGUAAAUUGUUUUCAUCUGAGGAGCCUGAUGUCUCAAGUAUUUUGAAAAUUCCUGGAACUGGGCAAACAGAUGAAACUGAUGACUUAUGUGAUCAUCCUUUACAUAGCACUGCUCUGUCUGUAUAUGAAGAGGGAGAAGAUGCUGAUAAUGGGAAUGAUCAAUAUUCAAAGAUCAAUGAGUCUACCGGCAGUUUCUCUGAUCCAGAGAAAAAUACAAAGAAAAGAAAAACUCACACUAUGAAAACAAUAGUGAGAACUGAAGAUUCAGAAGAGGAAUCUUCAGUAAAGAACACGAUACCCAAGAAAAAACCUAAAUCACGUGUAAAAAAUAAUGCUUUACCAGAAAGGGAGACAAACCAUCCAGUUUCAAAAAAAGUUCCAAAGAAGCCAACAAAAGUUACCAGACAUGUUACCAAGGAAAACAUUGUUUUGAAGGAGCUUGAAAAGAUAACAACAGAUUACAAAGAAGAAGUGGAACAAGAGAAGUAUAAAAAUGUUAUUGAUAAAUUUCAUGCCAGGCUCAAAGACCAAUUCACUGAAUUUUCUGCAGAUGCUGAGAAAGUGAAAAAUACAAAAUUGAAACAAGCAAAGAUGGUCAGAAAGACAAAUAAGGCAAGACAACGUUUAAUAGAAAUAAAAGGAGAAAUAUUUAGAAAUGAACCAGAACUGAAGAAACUAAAUAAAGAACACAGUAAACUAAAAGAAAAAAUAUCCUGUCUCAAGAAUGCAGUUCAGUUUAUCAAAGAUUUAAAGAGUCUUCAGCAAAUGGAUGAAAAGGAACAUUCACAAGAAAAAUUAGGAUAUGGCAUUUCCAGCCUCCCUGCACUUCUGAUGGAGUCACGAAGAAUUUUAGGAGCAGAAAGUCACUUAAAAAAUAUCAACACAAAAUUACAGGAAAGUUUGGAAUUGCAAAAAACCAAUUAAGUAUUCAUACUGUAAAUUCUGU